AUGGUAAAGUGUAAAACUUCAUACUCCCUGGGAUGUUUUUCUCGAAAUAUUAUUUGUUUAACACUGGGUCUAUUAAUCGGCAUACGAGCGACCAGUUUUUGGUACAAUUAUCAAGAUAAUGCAGCUGAAAAUUUUGAAGAGGAUGAGAUAAUAACAUCCUCGCUAUCAGCUCUAGAGGACAAUCAAUAUUUAUUUAACACAACCAGAGUUCUGUGCUGGAUUAUGACAAAUCCCACAAAUCACUUAUACAAAGCCAUACACAUUCGCCAUACAUGGGGAAAACGUUGCCAUAAACUAUUGUUUAUGAGCACGCAGGAGGAUGACGAAUUGCCAAGUAUUAAAUUGGAUGUUGAGGAAGGUCGUCAUAAUCUGUGGAAUAAAACAAAAGAGGCCUUGAAAUAUAUUUAUGAUCAUCACUACAAUGAUGCUGAGUGGUUUUUAAAGGCAGACGAUGAUACCUACAUCAUUAUGGAAAAUUUACGGUAUUUUCUAUAUCCAUAUUCGCCGGAAUCGCCCAUAUAUUUCGUUGCUAAAUUCAAGCCGUUUAUAAAACAGGGCUACAUGUCCGGAGGAGCCGGCUAUGUAUUAAGUAAACAAUCCCUCAAGAAAUUUGCUGUUGAAGCCUAUGAUAAUACUGUCACAUGUCCCAAAAUCUUCAAAUCUGAAGAUGUGCAAUUGGGCUUUUGUUUGGAAAAUAUAGGUGUUGUAGCAGGGGAUUCUCGAGAUGAGGAGGGUAAAGAGCGUUUCUUGCCGCUGGCAGUGAAACAUUUAAUACCACAAGAUACUUCGUUUUGGUAUAAAAACUAUAGCUAUUACCCACAAAAAGAGAAUGCAAGUUGUUGUUCAUCUAAAGCCAUUUCGUUUCACUACAUUGAACCCAAACAAUUUUAUAUAUUGGAUUAUUUAAUUUAUACUUUAAGAGCAUUUGGUGUUGGUAGGAAUUUGACAAAUGGUUUGCCGAAGAAACUAGAUAUUUCGGAUACAUCGAUUAGGUAA